AGGGGGUUGCUGUUGGGGAGACAGAAUGUUCUGGAGUUGGCGGUGGUAGCGCCACCGCGCCCAUGGUUGUGAGCGGUGAUUUCAUAUGGAUUCCAGUUGCGGAAACAGAGGCCUCCCAGCUGGCGUCGUGCCCUCACGCCCCUGGCCCCACAGGCCCCAGGAGCAGGGGUGCAGCUGAGCCCCGCACGUAAUCGGUGCUCCGCAUGCCUGCUGAUGGAAUUCGAGGGACCCUCCCUGGGUGCUCCCGCCUCCAGGACCUCCCUUCCUGGGCUCGGGGACGGCAAACAGCUUUCCCAGGCCACCGUGGCCAGCCCAGCAGCGGCUCUGUGCUGCCACGGGGGUGGGGUCACCCUUGGGCCAAUGCCCAGUCCUGCUCUGAGCGUGGGGGACACCCCAGCAGCAACCUUGUGGCCGGGCCUCCCCCCCCCCCCCCCCACUCGCUGCAGCCUGCUGAGAUCAUUGGCCCAGGCCACGGCCUCCAGGCACCUGUUGCUGUCUGUCUGGGGGCCACCCUCCCCGUGCUCCAUCUGUCCAGCGGGCUCACUGUGGCGGCUGUGCAGGCCUUGCAGGAGCUGGAUGGGGGCCUGGGCAGCUGCCAAGCAGGCCAGGACCUCUCCACGCUGGCUGACCCCUGCCCUGACCAGCCCCCGGAGGACAGAGCUCGAGCAACACCGAGGCCGGCCGACUCUAGCAGCUGGUCCCAUGAUUCUCAAGAGCCGGCAGCAGAGGGCAGCCCCACAGGCAAUGUGGACGCCAGGCCCAAGAAGACAGAAAAGGAGCCUGUGACCAAAGUGGCCCUAGGAGCUGGGAAAGAGAGGCUGAAAGUUGGAGCAACUCCCCGGAGCCCCGCCCGCAAGAAGGCGCAGGCCGCCCCGCCCCCGCAGCGGCCACCGCCGCCCCCGGCCCCGGCCCUGAGCGAGGAGCUGCCCUGGGGAGACCUGUCGCUCAACAAGUGCCUGGUGCUCGCCUCACUCCUGGCGAUGCUGGGUUCGGCCUUCCAGCUGUGCCGCGAUGCUGUGGCGGGGGAGGCAGGUACCCCUGCACCUGUCCCCGAGCCGUGGGUACCGCCCAGGUCGGCACCGGAGCCAGCGUCGCCCCGGCCCCCGCCCCCGCCGAAGCCCGAGGCCUGGGUCCCCCCAUCGGGACCGCCCGCCCCCCAGGUGGAGGCGGAGGAGAAGGCCGAGGUUCCUGGGAGCCGGGAGGCUGCAGAGAAGGCUGCUGGGGAAGAGCGCGCGCCCGAGGAGACGCCUCGGAAGGAGGAGAGGCCUCGGAGGGAGAGGCCGCCGAAGGAGCAGAGGCCGCCGAAGGAGCAGAGGCCGCCGAAGGAGAGGCCGCGGAGGGAGGAGAGGGCUCGGAAGCAGGAGAAGCCACGGGCCGCCAGGGAGCCCCGAGGAGCCCUACCGCGGCGCUGGGAGGCAGGCGAAGGGGGCCGUCGGCCUUGGACGCAGGACUCUGGAGACCCCGGGCGCAGGAAGAGGCAGGCCUGGGGCUCCCCGCGGCGCCCGGACGGGGACCGGCCUCCGGGCCGCCAGAAGCAGCGGGCUGGCAAGGGGCGGGACUGAGCCAGGCCUCGGUACUGUGAUACACAGUCCAGGGACCCCCGCUCGGUGGCCCCCGCGGUUCAGUGAAAUAAAUUGAGUGCUGCAGCCCC